CAACCAGCCAGGCUGGCACCAGAGAGGGAGUUUAUCAAGUCUCUGAUGGGCAUCGGGAAGCGCUUGGCCACACUGCCCACCAAGGAGCAGAAGACACAGAGACUGAUCUCUGAGCUGUCGCUCCUCAACCACAAGCUGCCCGCUCGUGUCUGGCUGCCCACCUCUGCCUUCGACCAUCAUGUGGUCCGUGUCCCACACAACCAGGCCGUGGUCCUCAAUUCCAAGGACAAGGCCCCCUAUCUGAUCUAUGUGGAAGUGCUGGAAUGCGACAACCUGGAGAUGUCCCCGAUCCCGAUAAGGAUUCCCGAGAACCGGAUCAGGAGCACGCGGUCUGUGGAGAACUUGCCGGGAUGUGGGAUCAGCCACGAGCAGCGGGCUGGCAGUUUUACCACAGUACCUAACUAUGAUAACGAUGACGAGGCCUGGUCUGUGGAGGACAUUGGAGAACUACAGGUAGAGCUGCCAGAAAUCCACACAAACAGCAGUGACAACAUCUCUCAGUUCUCUGUGGACAGCAUCACCAGUCAGGAGAGCAAGGAGCCUGUGUUCAUAGCAGCUGGAGAUAUCAGGCGGCGUCUGUCAGAGCAGUUACAUCAUGCGCCCACCACCUUCAAACGAGACCCGGAGGAUCCCUCAGCCGUGGCCCUGAAGGAACCCUGGCAGGAGAAAGUCAGGAGAAUUCGUGAGUCGUCUCCCUAUGGACAUUUCCCCAAUUGGCGGCUCCUCUCGGUCAUCGUCAAGUGUGGGGAUGAUCUGCGACAGGAGCUGCUGGCUUACCAGGUCCUGAAACAGCUCCAGGCUAUCUGGGAGGUGGAGCGAGUGCCGCUGUGGAUUAAACCUUAUAAAAUCCUGGUGAUCUCGGCAGACAGUGGGAUGAUUGAGCCGGUGGUCAAUGCCGUCUCCAUUCACCAGAUUAAGAAGCAGUCACAGCUGUCGCUACUCGACUACUUCCUGCAGGAGCACGGCAGCUACACCACUGAGCAGUUCCUGUCGGCUCAGAGGAACUUUGUACAGAGCUGUGCCGGCUACUGUCUCGUCUGCUACCUGCUGCAGGUCAAGGACAGACACAAUGGGAACAUCUUGCUGGACUCCGAGGGCCACAUCAUCCACAUUGACUUUGGCUUCAUCCUGUCCAGCUCUCCCCGCAACCUGGGCUUCGAGACCUCGGCCUUCAAACUCACCAGCGAGUUUGUGGAUGUGAUGGGUGGGCUGGACGGUGACAUGUUUAACUAUUACAAGAUGCUGAUGCUCCAGGGCCUGAUCGCGGCUCGUAAACACAUGGACAAGGUGGUCCAGAUAGUGGAGAUUAUGCAACAAGGUACAGGUGAAGUGGACAGGGCCUCAGACAGGUACCAGCCCAGGCAGGUUCUAGCGUUAGGACAGCUGCUAU